AGAGACGGCCUGCACACACUCCUCUUCUCUUUCCACGUUUGAGAGCAAGUCUCUCUCACUCUCAAUAACACAAACAUCACACAUAAAUAAAUCUCUAUUCUUUUCCCUCCCCCUGUUACCAUUCUCAUCAACCAUGAUAUCUCCAGCUCAAUCACCAAUGCAUCACCAUCAAGCUCAACCCCCAUAUUCUCCACUAAUAUCAAAGCCAUCAUCUUCUGGAGUAGACUUCAGUCCACCCCUGAUAGCAAUGGUAGUCGUUGUCGCCGCCGCAUUUGUCCUCGUAACCUACUCCCGCCUCAUCACCCGCCAUCUUUCCCCUCCCAUCCACCGUCUCAUUCAACGCUUCCACCGUCCUCCUCCCUCCUCCUCCUCCUUAGGCGAUAUUGAAUCCCUUCAAUACGACUCAACAUCUUUCGAAACACCACUCACCUACGGUUUAGACGAAUCUAUCAUCAAAACAAUCCCAUUCUUUAUCUACACAACUAAAUACGAACAAGAAUCUCGCCGUGACUGUGCCGUUUGUUUACUCGAAUUUGAAGAUCACGAUUACGUUCGUACUCUUCCUCUCUGUUCCCACACUUUUCAUCUUGACUGCAUUGAUGCUUGGCUUCGUUCACACGCUAACUGUCCUCUCUGUCGCUCUCUUCUUCUCUGUGAGUCUCCAUUCAGACCUCUUAUGGCUGCUAGAAUUCGUCCUUCCUUUCAUGACCAAACUAAUGCACUUCAUCUUGAUACGCCGGCGCCGGAGAUUACUCCUCAUUCUCCAGUUAACGGUGAAGAGAAUCGGUUUACCAGACGAGAGGAUUUUCUGUUGAAACGAUCUUAUUCUUUUGGUUUUGAACGGAGUUUACCGUCGGAGAGGAUGGUUAUUGAUCCUGCCACAACCUCACCGUGGCGGUAUCGAAGAGGGAGUAACAGUUUCUGGAGUAAAAGACCGUCGCCGUUUGGUUCAUUAGGGAAGUCUAGAGUGUUCUCGUUCAGAUAUUAUAGAGGAAUGAAAUCACCGUUUUUCCGGCGGAGGGGAUUCUUUCCGUUGUCGGAGUCAAGUGUUAGAUACGCCGGAGAUGGAGGAAGUUCAUGGCGGAGGAGUAAAUCAAUAGCGAGUCCAAUGUUUUCAAGAUCAUCGGCGGCGGUUUUUUCAUCAAGCCGGCUGAGGUGCGGUGAUCCAGAGGCGUUACUCUCGCCGGAGAGAUUUAACCGGCGACGAUGAAGUAAAAAGAGGUUGGGAAUUGAAUUACGGUUAUUAAUGAAACGAUGAAGAGUACAGACACGUGGAAGAACGUGAUUGGUGAGAGAGGUCAAUGAAAGGGAGUAAUUAAAUGGUGGUGGUGGCGUGUGCAGUGUAGGUCUGGCAAAUUGUAGAGACGAGACGAGAGUCAUUAAUUGAAUGGUAGGAAAGAGCAUUUAAUUUUGAUUAAUUUGUUUGAGAUUUGCAUGUGGCUAUCUUCUGACAUUGGUGGGGGUGGGAUUAAUUUGUCAUAAAUGCUUGAUUUUAAAUGUGCAUUUGACAAAUGUGUUGUGUUUCCACUUUCCUAGUAGUAGUAGUAUUCAAUGAAGAAAUUGGAUACUUUUGCAAUUAAGGAGUUUGAGGAAGGAGGAGGACAGACCCAGGGCCAGCCCAUUAAUUUAAUAGGCCCAACAAACCAGUACUACUAAUCAUAAUCAUUACUGCUAAGUGUGAGAUACUAGUAAUUUACAACAGUUUACACACAAUGUAGUUACUGCUAAGUCCACAUUUAUUACGCAAGCCCCAAUCUUCAAAAUUCAGUAAACUGGGAAUUGAUCGCCGGUUGCAGUUGCCUGUCCGUUAGGCAUGAAGUUGAAAGUGUUUGUGGAUUUGAGUGGCUCGUCGAUCUACAUCAUCAAUUCGCAAUUCUUUCCACUACGGCAGUCCAAAGAAGAAUCACUCUCUUUCAAGACCAAACUUUGCUUGCAGAAGAUCGCAAGUAUCAAUUUUAUUUUCUGGGGAAAAAGAAUCACUUGUGAUAUGUUUGUUUGUUUCACAAGAAAAACUGCGCUGAAUCCAUCUCUAAGUUAUUGUAUUUUUUUCUGAUACAUGGACUGAUGCCUCUUAAGUUCUAUUUUAACCAACAUGUUUACAUAGGAUUAGACAACGCCAAAACUAAACAAUUAACAAUAUUAUAUAAUUGUUUUUCCCCUCUAAAUAAAGCAAGUAAUUAAACAAAGAAGAUUCACUUCAAAGAGACAGAGGGAACUGCGAUGUAAGAUGAAAUGAGAUAGAGAUUUUUUUUAGUUGACCCUAUUUAGCAAUAAAAAAUUUGGUUGUUGUUGA